GCAAAAUGCCUGCGUGGAAAAUCUCUGUGGGUCCUGCAGCGGGGGCUCCCGAAGCGCAGGUACCGCAAACAACUGCCCCAAGAACCUCUACGCCUUGCGCUCAUUUCCACUCGAGGCACGGUAAAAAACAUCUUGCCCUUAGCUUGUAGCAAGCACGUAGCGACUGGUCGACUGUCCGAUAUGUCUACGGUCGUCGCCUCUACCUCCACGGCGGCGCCGCACGCCCGGGUUCCGCCAACGACGGGCCUUCGCAAAAACGGCAAGCAGUGGCACGAGCCUCGCAAACCAUUCCGGCCUACGGCAGGUCAGACGUCGUAUGCGAAGCGGGCGGCGAAGCAGGCGCAAGAGGCCGAGGUGAAGAAGCUCGAGCGGGAGAUGAAGGCGGAGAAGGAGGAGCAGCGGCAGCAGAAAGUGCAGUCGAUCAAGGACAAGCGGGAGCGGAAGGAGGAGAAGGAGCGGUUUGAGAGGAUGGCGCAGAAGAUGCACGCGAAGCGGGUGGAGCGGCUGAAGCGGCGGGAGAAGAGGAAUAAGAUGUUGAAGUCUUGAUGGGAGCUUUUACUCCCUGACGGGACAUGACUGUCGCGAUCCGCCAUGAGACUAGAAGGGAACAAGACGUUAUCGUCUAUCGGAAGACUCUUUCGAAGAAUAGAAGAUGUUCGUCGGCGGCUACACCACAGCUAAGAUACACAUUUCGAAAGCUAGCAUGGCCUUGCAAGCAAAGCGAAAGCCCACAGCAAUGUCAGACAACGCCGCGGCCGUCUCAGUGCACAUCAUCCUCACCACCAACAAGCUCCUCAACACAAUCCGGCAGCGUCCUAUU